CGGUUAGACAGUGAGACUCAACCUAGCUCCCAACUGACAUCCCCCCUUCUCUCUUGACACUAGAUCUGGCUAGUUAACACGUCUGGAAUGAAAAUGAACCUACCUCUGAGCUGGCGAAUCCAAGGGGCAUAUCUGGUUUCCCAGGUUGGAAGAUUAUCUCACCCAAGCUAAGUUCUCCAAAGAUAUAUAAGCUAAGAUAGGCUGGUGGUCUCAGCAGAGCUGACUUGAGCACUGGGUGUCUUAUCCAUAAAGGAGUACAACUAACAACAACCAGCAAACAUGAUGAUGCUGAAAGUGGAGGAUCUGGUGACGGGGAAGAAGAGUAACAGCAAUGAGACUGGAGGUUUCCUACCAGAAGACUUCAAACAUGGAGAGUAUGAAGCUACUGUGAGAUUAGAGAAACAAGAGGAUCUCAAGACACUCCCUGAAAACUUACUGGCCCAAAGAGAUCUUACCUACAAAAAGGAGAAAAAGCUAGAGGCAGAGCUCAAGAAGAAAAAGCUAGAGGAGAGACCAAAACUUGAAAACUUGCAGGAUCUUGAAAAAAUUAUUCAGCUGAAGAAAAGGAAAAAAUGCAAGAAAGUGAAAGUGCCCAUUUUAAAGGAACCUGAACCUGAAGUAAUUAUAGAAUCAGUGGAUGUACCAACCUUUUUAAAAGCAGCGCUGGAGAAUAAGUUGCCAGUAAUUGAAAAAUACUUGUCAGAUAAAGGGGAUCCAGAUGCUUCUGACGAGUACAAACGGACUGCACUACACAGGGCCUGCUCAGAAGGACAUCUAGAGGUGGUGAAAAAGCUAGUGGAAGCUGGAGCCCAAUUUGAAUUCCAAGAUAUGCUUGAAUCUACUGCUAUUCACUGGGCAUGUCGUGGGGGAAACUUGGAAGUUCUGAAGUUCUUGCUAGACAAAGGAAUAAACAGAAAUGCUAGAGACAAGCUGCUAAGUACACCUCUGCACGUAGCUGUGAGGACAGGUCGGUAUGACUGUGGUGAACACCUUAUUGCUUGUGAAGCAGAUCUUAAUGCCAGAGACAGAGAAGGAGAUACACCUAUGCAUGAUGCAGUGAGGCUGAAUCGUUAUAAAAUGAUUAGACUCCUGAUUCUUUAUGGAGCAGAUCUAAAUAUAAAGAAUGCUGAAGGAAAAACUCCUAUGGAUCUUGUACUUCAGUGGCAGAAUGGCGCCAAAGAAAUAUUCAACAGCCUUAAAGACAAAUCCUAUAAGAGCUCACAAAUAGAUACAUUCUGAAGAG